AUGUCACAGAUCUCCGUUCUCGGCUUCUCCUCCGCGGAUUCUUCUGCCCCGUACGCCUCCUCAAGCGCUCUGCACUGGGCCAUCCUCCUUUCCCCCACCGCCGAAAUCAUCCAGCAACAGCAAAAGGGAAAAGAGAAGCGAAGACCCAGAUUUUUCUCACGACGCCAAUCAUCCAAAUCCGCCCUCUUCGACAUGCACAACCAUCAACUCCGCCAGCAAGAAUUCCCCAUUCCCGUACCAACGACGAAAUCAGAGUCAGAAACCGAGUCAGACUCGUCAUCAUCACCGUUGGGAUCCAAUUCCAACACAGCUCCAGCUUCGCGAAUCAUCACGACAAGCAUCUCCUCUCCCAUCGCCGGUAAGCCACAACACUUGACCCUGCGUAUCAAGCUCGGCACACACCACAGUUCUGUUUCAAAACUCGGACCCAAACUCUCGACACUUCUCUACUGCACACCCACAUACGGAUCGGAAGACGACUGGCUGCGCGCCGCACUCGACAUGCUCGUCAGCGCCGGCAUUCUCGAACCGCCUGCUACCGUCACGGGCGCGAGUUUCGAUGCCGAUGCCGUGCUCGAGUUCGCAGGUGAAGCUGUGAAAGAGUACUUAGCCUCCUCUCAACCGCACCAACAACCUCAGACCGAAACGAAUACUUCGCAAGGCAGGAAUGCCAAUGCUGACGGUAGAAGCGGACAGGUGCUAGAGCUCGACUACGCUUCUCACCUGACGAGAAUCGCCGAGGUAAAAGCUAUGUUUGCACAUCACACUGCACAGUCGCUUUCGCCUGCGUCUACCUCGACGCCCACUCCCGCACACGCAGCGGCAAAAUCGCAAGAGAGACGGUCGAGGACGACCGGAAGCAAUGCAUUAAUGUCCUCGUACAAAUUCCUGGGUUUCCGUAUCGCACCAUCUCCAUCAUCCUACUGUGCGCAACAGUACCGCGCAAGACGACAGCAGAAGUACAAUAGUUUUCAGAGACAGGAUGAUCCGUAUUCGGGCCUUAUGUGA